AUGACAACCUCAUCGACGCCGCUUUCAGACUACACCACGGUCUUUCGCGCCAAGACCACCGACAGCGGCACGGUUGAGGCGACUUCGUCAGCGCCGGCGAUAGACGCCUCACGCCGUCGCAUCAGGAGACGGAACCGGCCGGCCGUGGCUUGCGAGCCCUGCCGGCUCCGUAAAAAAAAGUGCGACAGGCAGCACCCGUGCCUGGGCUGUGUAGGGCGCGGAGACACGUGCUACUAUGCCGCGGCACCGGUCCCGGUAUUUAGCGCGACGGGCGCCGGCGUCAGUGGUAGUGGUGGUUCCGUGAUCUCAGGACCCAGGGUCGGAGGCUCGAUUUCUAAAGGACAUGGUGGCGCCGGAGGCGGAGGUGGAUCCAGCAGAUACGAGGCGCAGAUCCGACUGCAGAGGUUGGAAGACAUGGUCAGCGAGCUGAUGGGUCGUGCCCAGGGGACAGGCAGCAGCGGCAGCAGCAGCGGAGAGACUCCCGAGACGGCGCAGAGCAGCAGCAGCGCGUCCGACCCCUCGCCCGCCUCCUCGGCCUCGCCCGUGUCGACCCGUGCCGGCGAGCUCCCGUCGCAGCGCCUCUCGGGUGUCGCCGACAUGGUGCCGCGGGCGAGUGAGCACCUGGGAGGCAGCCAGGAGGGGUCGACGCCGAUGCCCUUUGUGGGCGCCACGCACUGGUCUGCGUUUCUGCAACAGAUACGCGACCUCCAGGGCUACCUCGAGCACGAAAUGGCCGACGACGCUCCGCCACCGGCAGCACGAACAUCUCGGUCCCCGUCGCCACGGCCAUCGUCGUCGUCCGGCGGCCGACUCGAACCCGACUUUUUGGUGGAGAACCGGGGCUCGCGCGUAUCGACCGAUGAGAUCCUGGACGCGCUCCUGCCGCGGACCGAGUGCGACAAGCUGCUGGCGGCCUACUUUUGCAACGACUUCCUGCGCGCGCCCCUGCUGCACUCGGUGCAGUUCCAACGGACGUACGUCGCCUUUUGGGAGAGGCCCGAGGCGGCGAGCGUGCUCUGGGUCAGCAUGCUGUUCUCGGUGCUGUACAUGUCUUCGGGGGUGGAGAUGGCGCGGCAGGUGUCGAGAGCCCGCGGCGAGGACGCCGUAUUCCCGCCCAGGGACAUGGGCGCGUGGCCUGAGAUUGUCAAGCUCGGCGCCCUCCGCGACAUGGCGACGCGGUGCCUCGUCUCCGGCGACUACCUCAAAGGGCCCGAGUAUGCCGUCGAGGCUCUCGCCCUUUGCAGCUUCAUGCGCCUCUACAGCAUCGACGGGGAGACGGACCCGAUGCUCUGGGCCGGCGUCGGCACUGCCAUCAGGCUCGCGCAGCAUCUGGGUUAUCAUCGGGAUCCUCGACACUUGUCUUCUACCGCGGCGGUCGGCAGUCGUGGCCAGGAACGUCCGGCGUUGUCUGUGUUUGCGGGAGAGAUGCGCCGGAGAACCUGGUUCAUUCUCGAAGCCUUUGACUUCCUCCUCUCGUUCCGCUACGGCGUGCCCACCGUUAUACACGGAGACGACACGGACACCGAAGGGCCGACGAACCUGAUAGACACCGACUUUGACGAGCAAACGACGGUGCUUCCACCGGAACGGCCCAUCACCGACCCGACCAACAUGUUGUACAUCUGCUACAAGUCCAAGUCGAUCCGGCUGGCCCGACGACUGGUGCGUCACACCAUCAGGCAGCAGCCGCACCAGACGCAACACGACCAACGAGACGCGGCCUCGUCGCCGUCCUAUCAGCAGACCAUGGCCCUCGACGCCGAGCUGCGCGCCCACCUCGACCAGAUGCCCCCGAGCCUCCGGCUCGUGCUGCCGAUAUCCGAGCACGCGCCGCUGACCGACACGCCGCCGCGCAUCAUCCACCGCGUCGCGGCCGACCUCAUGUACCACAAGUCCGUGUGCGUCCUGCACCGCGCCUACCUGACUUGCGGCAGAGAGGGGACGAGGGCGGCGGAUUCGAGCGUCGAUUACUCGCGCACCGCGUGCCGCGCCUCGGCGCUGCGCAUCCUAAAAGUCCAGGCCGAGAUCGAAAAGGAGUUGAGGCCCGGCGGCCGCCUGCACGGCGAGGAUUACCUGCUGGGCGGCAUCGUCAAGCACGACUUUCUGCUCGCCGCCACCAUCAUUUGUCUGGACCUGGUCGAGAUGUCGUAUUGUCCUGCUGCAAGACUCGAUGAACAACUCGAGAAGCUCGAGGUUCUGGAGACGUCGUAUGGAUUCUGGUAUAGCCGCCGGCACUCGUCCCGGGACGCGGCUUACGCUGUCAAAGUCCUCGGUGCGAUCAUAGCAAAGGUGAAAAGAACCAACAAGGAACUUGCAGGGUCCGCAGGAAGACAGUGGCGACAGCAGCAGCAGCAGCAACCGCCGCCGCCACCGCCGCCGCAGCUGCAGCAACAACAGGAUUCGCAGUGGCUGGCUACUACCACAUCAUCAGUGCCGCCUUCAGUAUCGUCUUCAGCACAAGCAGGGCUUGUGGCUGCCGCUCCGGGAACAUUCGAGAACAAUGAUUCUAUGUAUGACCUACCGUUGGACGAUGACUUCCUGGCUAUAAAUGCUGAGGAUAUAGACUGGGACAUGAUCGACUCGUUUCUUCUAGAUCGCCAAUCGACGCUUGAUCCCCGUCAAGACUGGUCAACUUUCGGUCCGAUGUGAGACCGGCAAACAUAUCAAGAAAAUUUUGAUCCUUGGCCGCUGGGGAGAAUCCGAACUGGUAGCAGGCAGUUUGUGUAGAAAUGUCUUUUCAUAUGUAGACAGUGCUCAAGAUUAUAUUGAGCACUUGAUGUGCGAUAGGAUAAAAAGACCGCCACUGCUAAUGAACAAAUCUGGCCUCAUGAAUUAUAUUUUACACUCAACGUUUCUGUCUCUUGCCCUUGUCACUGCCCGCAGAUAGCACACUUGCACUGCGCUUGUUCCGACUUCCCGGUCUUGAGCCUCUUGACCCAGGCCGCGUGCCUGUUGUUUUAUCUUUAUCGGCAGCAUCCUCAUCCUUUAUCGUUGACACCUCCUCGGUCGCCUGCCCAUUUCCUGUACUCUUUUUGUCCCCAUUUGUGGCAGGUUCUGGUUCGGUGCUUGCAGCUACAGCGGCCUUGUCCCCAUUUGCCUCGCCAGAGGUAGCAUUGUCGGCUUUGGAGGGGGGCGGCUUCUCACCGUCGGCUUUGGCAGGGGCAGCGGUGGUCUUGUCGCCGCCCUCUGGUGGAGCCUUGGAAACAUCGGCAGCACCGUCUGUUUGGCUUGCGGCGACUCCUUGCGCCUUUUCUCUUUCUGUUUUGCGCGCCUGCUCGACCUUGAUCUCGCCGUCCAGCUUGUCGAUCUGCUUCCGCAGGUCCACCAGCUGUGUGACUGUUUGCACCAACUGCUCGAAUUGUGAAGUGACGGCAGCGGUCGGCAUGACAAGGCGAGCCGGUAUGUCGAGCUCGUUGAGCACAUUGGUAAUACGCUGUUGUUGUUGCAUACUCUUGUGAGAGAAGAGUUUGUUGACCUUCUCAUUGCGAAAGGUCGGCCCGGAGCUGAGCCGGUCGUGAUAUGAAACACCAUAGACUUGCUCUUCAUGUUCGUUAAGCUUGCGCCUCUCUGUUUGAGCCGAGCCCUUCUUGCUACCCUUUGCUGGCGCCUCAACGGGAGUAGGUUUCUCGACUGCAGAGGUAGAAUCCCUAUGGCCCCCUGCCGGGGUCGCCGCAAUGCUUUCACGACGGCUUUCUGUCGUGGCACUUGCCGGCUGUGCAUUCGAAGCCGCGCCUGCAGAAGCGGGAGCGGCGGCGACGGCGGCGGCGGUAGUAGCAGCGCCUCCAGCACUCUCCGGCGCCAUAAGAGACUUGCGCUUCUUGGUCUUGUCUGCAGUCACGAUGUUCUGGAUCAAAUUGCUUAAUCCUUGACUGGUCUUGAAACUGCUUAUGUCGGUGGUAUCUGAAGUUGGCGGAUAGUCCAAUCUGUUGUACAAUUCCCUGCGCUCUUCGUUAAACCGCUCUUGCCUGGCCAGAAUACGUUUGACCUCGAGCAGCAAUGACUCCUCUUCUCGGGCCUCCUCCUUUGUCCUGGUAAGACAGUUGGCGGCAAACUUCUUCCUUUGCGUCUCCUGAACCGGGUCAAACUUGAGCAUCGUUUCGUAUAGUUGAAACUCGUCGUUCGUCAUGUAUUGUGCCGGCUUCUGAACUGCCAUCAUCUUGGCAGCAACUUCGUAGUACCGUGCCUUCAGGUCCUCCAUCGAACGCGUUGACGCCAAGGGCACAACCGCCGAGCUGGUCCCAUUAGUCGUAUCUCCCUCCGCCUGGGCAGGUUUGUAGUCGUAUCGGUCCCAUAUCAACGGCCACCUCAAGUCGAAAUCCCUGACGAGCUCCAAUAGGUAGUCAGUCUCUUCCUUGGUCCAUUCCGCACUCUGUAACCGCGAGUUAUACUGGUCGUCGUUGUACUGUGGUACGUCAACCUUGACGUUGAACUUGGCAAACGCCGAGUCCUCGAUGGUAUCCUUUGGGGGUGGCGCUUGCCCAGUGCCCUCCAUCGGCGCAUCGCCAAUGCCACCGCCGGCGACAUCCUGCUUCCUACACCAAUGCCGUAGGAUCAAACUGGGAUCCUCCCUUGCAGAAUUCCUAAACUGUCGCAGCUCCCAUCGUGCGGCGGGCUUCCGGCUCGCCUGUCGCCGCUUCUUGAAAACAGAAGUUUCAGGGACGAUGGCUAUGGGGUUGUCACCGCCGAGGCUCUGAACUUCUCUGGCCAGGCCCUUUAGGUUCGUGCGCGGGGCGGAUGGUCUCGCCUUUUUGGACGGCCGUGGUGCGCUUCCGUCUUGUGGUAGGUUGAGUACAUCUCGAACGUCGAGUGAGGUCAUGUUGGGUGGUGGUGGUUGAGAUGUGAGGCGAGUAAGUGACCCGACGGAUGGCAGAGGCUACUGGUGGAGCGGGCCUCUGAGGCGUGUGAGGAAUGGGACCGCGACGGGAAAAUCCAGUUGAGCAAAAAAUGACCAAACGUCGAGACUUAGCCGGUCUUUGCAAUCGCAUCAAGGAGCAUAAAAACAGCCCAUGUCAUAAUCACGAUCAGAAUCAAAUGCGCGAUUGAUUGAUGUUCAUAUCUCGAUGGAUCUGUAUGCUUUUUACCCGAUUUAAUGAUGACGGGAAAAUCUCUUUUGUCG